AUGUUGCUUUCACAAGAUUCUGGUCUCUCCAAUGGAGGCCAUGUGAGCACUCGUCAUGCUCACAUAGCUGUGAGCAAUAUCGAGGCAGUCGUUGAGUCAUCCACAGAGUCCAUUCCCGUGCAUCCUUUGGGAGUCAAACCACUCGGCAACCAGUAUUUUUCAUCCGGCCCCCUAGCGCGCCACGCCCUUGGUCUUUUGGGCAGCCUUCCCGACGAAAUGAUACUGCAGCUCUUGGAGCAUCUACAGCAAGACUCGCUCAAAUCCCUGGGGUCCACAUGUCGGUUUCUAUAUGCCUUCUGUCAACUAGAUGAGCUGUGGAAACCCUUAUUUCUCGAAGCUGUGGAAGGGUCAAACCUCCCAAAGUGGAAAGGUACUUGGAGGAAUACACUACUGCAAAUCCCUCGAGAAGUUGUUACGAGGAUAGACUGCAAUAAUGUGUUCUCGGAUGUGCUCCACCGCCCGUUCGCUUGCGCCAACAUUGUUUUGAAGAACCAUGUCUCGCGUAUCCCGGAAGCAAACCAGAUAGCCCGUCUUGACAAACUUUCCUACGAGGAGUUUGCAGACUCAUGGAGCGGCAAGCCCUUCAUUCUCACCGACUGCGUUCCAUCGUGGCCAGUGUAUAAGGAAUGGACCAUCGAGAAGCUCAACAAGGCGUAUGCAAAUGUGGAAUUUAGAGCAGAGGCAGUCGAUUGGCCUUUCGCGUCGUACCACGAAUACAUGGUCAACAGCCGGGAUGAGAGCCCUUUGUACUUGUUCGAUCGCAAGUUUGCGGAAAAGAUGAACAUCAAGGUCGGUCGAGAUGAAGGUUGCGCUUACUGGCCUCCCGAGUGUUUUGGCGAAGACGUUUUCAAGCUGCUUGGCCGCGAGAGACCUGCACACCGAUGGUUGAUCAUUGGCCCCGAAAGAAGCGGUUCGACUUUCCAUAAAGACCCGAAUGCGACCAGUGCAUGGAACGGUGUUAUUCAGGGUUCCAAGUACUGGCUCAUGUUCCCACCCAGUGUUCCAGAACCUCCGGGCGUUUUCGUGUCAGAGGACAGUAGCGAAGUCACCAGCCCUUUGAGUAUCGCGGAAUAUCUUCUCACGUUCCACGCGGAAGCGCGCAGGGAAGCAGGUUGCCUCGAAGGGAUUUGCGGCGCCGGGGAGCUGCUAUAUGUGCCCAGUGGUUGGUGGCAUCUGGUAGUCAACCUUGAACCGGGCAUUGCACUGACACAAAAUUUUGUUACAAACUCGAAGAAGCACUUGGCACACGUUCUCUCGUUCUUGAAGGAUAAACCAGAUCAAGUCACUGGAUUCAGCCGGGAUGUCGACAGUCCGUACGAACUGUUUGUCGAGCGGCUUCGUGAGCAAGAGCCAAGUCUACUAGAAGAAGCGUUUGAAGAGAUGGAGCGCAAGAACUCUGGCAAAAAGCGCCGAUGGGAAGAAGCAGUGGGCGCAAAGGAGGAGACGGAAUCCGGGGGAGGUGGAUUUAGCUUCGGCUUUGGGGGUGACGAUCUAGAAGAGGAUGAAAUACCAUGA